CUGUAAUCUGGUCCUCCCCGCCAGCAUCGUCAACCCGAUUUCUACGCAAGACACACAGUGUCUGUUCUUCACGAAGGCAUUAACCCCAUUUUCAUCAAAUGGCUACCUCUCCGGCAUCCGAUUCUGCAUCUUCUCUCCGGAUCCCAACAAAAGAGAUCAUCACGCCCGCACAGCUAGAGUACUUUCAGACUUGUCAGACUCACGACGAAAUUCUGGCAUACAUUACCAAACUGAAUGAAGCUGCUAUCGGUGUCACUCUCAGCGCGGAUUGCCCACAAUCUCAGGGCAUUGUCGCAGUUCUUGCUGUUCUUGACGAAGUCGAGAAAACUGCCAAAUCGAUUCCGCCAGUCGAAAACUCCGCAUCAAGAUUUGGCAAUCCAGCGUUUCGGACGUUUUACGACCGCAUUUCCGAGCUGUAUCCAACUUUUCACAAUAAACUUUCGAUCUCUUCAACAUCGAGCUCUGAAUUAGGUGCAUACUUCUGCGAGUCAUGGGGCAAUCGGACACGUAUCGAUUAUGGGAGCGGGAUGGAGCUGAACUUUCUCUGUUGGUUAUUGUGUUUAGAGAAGCUGGGAGCUUUCCAAGACAAGGAUCACACAGCUCUUGUGACCAAGGUGUUUUGGAGGUACAUCCAGAUCAUGCGGGUGCUGCAGUCAACGUACUGGCUUGAACCUGCGGGCUCGCACGGUGUCUGGGGGCUGGACGACUAUCACUUUCUUCCAUUCUUGUUCGGAGCGGCACAACUACGAGGUCACAAAUACAUACGACCCAAAGCAAUCCAUGAUCCAGAGGUCGUAGAAGAAUACGCGAAGGAAUACAUCUAUUUUGCAUGCAUCCAGUUCAUCAACUCAAUUAAGACGGCAUCGUUACGCUGGCAUUCUCCAAUGCUCGAUGAUAUCUCUGCUGUGAAAAGCUGGGACAAGGUCAACUCUGGGAUGGUCAAGAUGUACCAGGCCGAAGUUCUGGGCAAACUGCCCGUGAUCCAGCACUUUUUAUUCGGCUCGUUGCUGCCGUAUGGAGGACCGGUUGUUGCUGGCGAUGGCCAAGACGACGGCCACGGGCAUGGGCCGGGACACAAGCAUGAAGGGUGGGGGGACUGUUGCGGCAUACCUGUGCCGAGCGCCUUCGCUGCAGCGAACGUAGAAAAGAAGGCCGCCCCACGAAUCAUCGGUGAAGGGAUCCGUCGUGUACCGUUCGAUUAAGUUCAGCUUUCCCCCUUGGGCGCACUCUUGUAGUGUCAUGUAUCGACUGAUUUCGAUUCUUGAAUUUUAGACCUGUCUGUAAAUACUAUCAAGUAGUCCAAGUGUACUUCUAUAUUGAUGCCCAAUUUGAUGGUGACUGAUGCCACUAGAA